AUGCCUGCCGGUGUAACUUGGGGUCAGUACAUGUCAUUCUCUAUUGCUGCGAUGCUGUCCAUGCUUGCUGGCUCACAGCUAGUCCAUCAGCACUACCAACCACUAAAAGAUUUAAAUGAAUAUAUCAACAAAGAAGUAAACAAUUUGCCAGAGCAUGCACAAACGAAAAUCAGAGAAGAACUAAAGCAGGACGGUAUUUUAAAGUAGAUGUUGAGUAUAUUUAUAAUUAUGUUAUGUAGUAGUUAGUAACUAAUGUAAAUAAAAUUAAACAGUUUAUA